GUGGUGGGGCCGGUGGGGGCGGUGGGGCCUGAUGGGGCCGUGCUACCGCGCCUCUACCUCUCGCGUUCAGAGCUGCGGGGCAGGGUGGUGGCGCUGGGCGGUGUGGCGACGCACGCCUUGCUGCGUGACGAGGAGCGCGGACUCCUCCUCAUCGCCACCACAGACAGCCUCCUCCUUGCCAACCUCAACCACAUCAACCGCAGCGUUCGCGAGCUCCGCUGGGUGGCAACGGAGGAGCAGAUGGCGGAGUGCCGUGCGGCCGGGAGGGACCCCCGCCUCGACUGCGCGAACUUCCUGCGGGUGCUGCACGCGCACAACGAGAGCCACGUGUUGCUGUGCGGCACCGGCGCCUUCCACCCGCAGUGCCUCUUCGUGGACGUGCACGCUCUGGCCACGGGGGGCACAGUGCAGCAGUGGAGGCCGCAGGACGUGUUCCCGGGGAGGGGGCGAUGCUCGUACGACCCACGCUCGCCCCUCGCCUCCGCCAUGAUCGGUGGCCGUCUCUACGCCGGCCUCGCCGCAGAUUUCCUGGGCCACGACGGCGCCGCCUUCCGCAGCCUCGGAGCGGCACCCACGGUGCGCAGCGAGCAGCACGACACGCGCUGGCUCCACGAUCCCCAGUUCGUCCACGUCGAGCCGAUCUCCGAAGGCCGUGGCGAGAACGAGAAGGUUUACUUCUUUUUCCACGAGAGGGCGACGGAGGGCGAGACCGGAGACGGCCGCGGCAUCGUCUCCCGCGUGGCCCAAGUCUGCAAGGAUGACGAGGGCGGCCGGCGCAGCCUCGUGGGCCGCUGGAGCACCUUCCUCAAAGCGCGCCUUGUCUGCUCCGUGCCCGGCGUCAGCGGCGUCCACACGCACUUCCACGUGCUGCAGGACGUGUUUGUGCUAAAGAGGCCGGACGGCAGGAGCCCCCUCAUCUUCGCCAUCUUCACAACGUCCAGCGAUGUCCUGCGUGGCUCUGCGCUGUGCGUGUACAACAUGGCGGACGUGUCGGCCGUGUUCCGCGGCGCCUUUGCCCACAGGGAGGGCGCACGACACGCGUGGGGCCCCUACGCAGGCCGCGUGCCCUUCCCUCGCCCCGGCACGUGCCCGGGCGGCGUGCACGGCACGUACCGCUCCACCCGCGAUCUGCCGGACGCCGUGGUGGACUUCGCCCGCGCUCACCCGCUCGUGGCCGGCGCCGUGCGGCCCGCGUCCGGCCGGCCUGCGUUGGUGCACGCGCGGGGCGACCGGCUGCUCACGCGCGUCGUGGCGGAGAGCGUCGACGCCACCGACGGGCGCUACCACGUCCUCUACCUGGGCACCGACACGGGGCGGCUGCUCAAGGCCGUGCUGGUCCCCGGCGCUGACGGCGGCGACUCGGCUCUGCUGCUCGAAGAGCUGCAGCUGUUUGAGGAUGGCUCUGCGGUGACGGUGAUGGAGAUCUCCAGCAAGCGGCGGCAGCUCUACGUGGGCAGCGGCACGGGGCUGGUGCAGCUCCCCGUGCAGCGCUGCGACCUCUACGGCCAGGCGUGUGCCGAGUGCUGCCUCGCACGGGAUCCGCACUGCGCGUGGGACGGGCGUGCCUGCUCACGCUACCACGCGCCCUCCCGGCGGAGAUUCAGGCGCCAGGAUGUGAGACAUGGAAACCCGGUGACGCAGUGCCACGGGCAGCCCGGAGUGGGAGAGGCGCAGGAGGAGAGGCAGUUUGUGGUGGCGGGGAGCGGCGCGCUGCUCGAGUGUCGCCCACGCUCGCGCCACGCACGCGUCUCCUGGCAGCGGCAGACACGCGUGCACGUCCAGAGUGUGACCCAGACCGAGCGUCUGCUGCUCACCGAGCAUGGCCUGCUUAUCCGAGAUGCCCGGCCCAGCGAUGCGGGCCUCUACGCGUGCCGUUCCGAGGAGCUGGGCUUCACGCGCUCCGUGGCCCGCCUGCGCCUGGCCGUGCUGCCGGCCCCGCGCGUCGAGGCCGCUGCCUUGCCUCGGGGCGGCUGGGGAGGCCCCGAGCGGGGGCAGCGACGCGGCUGGUACGAGCGUCUGCUGGCCCUGCUGAGCACGCGCCCCGAGGGCCCCGAGCCGCACUCCUGCGAGGGCCCCCGGAGCCGCGAGGGCCUUGGCGUGGGAGCGCACGAGCGGCCCCGGGAGGAGCGACCCCAGGCCCGCGAGCUCAAGACUCCGUGGGCCCGGGAGGGGACACGUGACCCUGCAGCCCCGCGCAUCCCCCGGAGCGUGCGAUGCCUGCGCCGCAAGCGGCAGCGGUGCCCCUCUUAGCACGGACUGUGAUGCACGGCAAGGCCCAAGGGCCCAAAAGAUCAAGUGGCCAGCAAAAAACAGCACUGUCGUCACAGUUGUAAUAUAUGAGUGUAAUGCGUUUCUUUAAUUGAGAAGUUAUUGAGCGAGGUAAGAGCUUGGGAAAGGAGACGAUACAAGGGAAGAAGCAGAAAGCGAAGGGUGUGAGUGAGUUACCGGUUGAGUGUGUUGUGAUCUGCAGUGUGGUGGUGGUUGGACAAUGUGGUGGAUGAGACAAAACGGUGUCUAGUGGACCGAAUCUUCAACACGGGUGGAGGAAUCAACGAGUGAAGCUCAGUCACCAUGGCAGCAGCACCGAUAGAAGAGUGAUAAAGAGGCGACUGAUUGCCGGUGAGCGAGUGCAGUGAAACAGCGACUACUUCACCACCAACCACCUGACUGCCGGUCAAGACUGUCAUGCGUUGAUGCUGCAUGCCGGUUCCUUAUUGUCUUUAUUUAUAACUUAUUUUAUUUUUGUAAUGGCAGCCAAGACGAAAUAUGAAUUCUUAAACGUGAAAAUUAAGCAGCUUCAUUUGCAUACUAAAACUGCAAAUCACCAAGCGCUGUGCCGUGUCGCGACAAGGCGACGCCCAGCCUCCUGCAGAAGACCCCGCCUCCUGGACGCAACCCGAGCACAGCACACACCACUCGCACAGCACACACCACACACCGCUCGCACAGCACACACCGCACACCACUCGCACAGCACACACCGCUCGCACAGCACACACCGCUCGCACAGCACACACCGCACA